CUGCUGAACCGUGCUGCGGUGGAGCUGGGGGGCACGGGCCGCCUACGCUGUCUGGCCGAGGGAGCGCCUGACAUCAGCUUUUCCUGGAAGAGAGACGGCCACCUCCUCUCCAACGGCGCCCGGCCCGACAAGUACGAGAAUGAGACGAUAAAGACGGGCCUCGUCACCUGGGCGUCCACCUUCAUCAUCAAGAGCGUGCGGGAGCAGGACUACGGCGACUAGUGUGUCGCCGAGAACGAGCUGGGCGCCUCCACCACGCGGGUCCGUUUCACCCGCCCCACGCAGCCCGACCCGCCCCUUGCCCUGAAGAUCCUCAACACCACCCACGACUCGGUCACUCUCGCCUGGAUACCGGGCUUCGACGGGGGGCAGCCGCAGUACUUUCGCAUACGGUAUCGCAGUAAGUCUUCCAGCAGUUACCAGUACGUGGACGUGUUGGAGUUCGGCGUUUACACCUACACCGUGCCCGGCCUCAACCUGAACACCGAGUACUACUUCUCCAUCCAGAGCCGCAACGACGUGGGCACCAGCGACUUCCGGGGCGAGUUCGUCCGAGCCAUCACUCGCAGCGAGGCCCCACCCACGCCCGUGCCCUCCUCCAAUGUGGGCAAGGAGGCCUCCAAACUCCCUGGCCUCUGGGUGGUCAUCAUAGUGCUCGUUGCCACUGCCUUGCUUGCUCUCAACGUCUCUGCCAUUGUCUGUAUAGUUAGACGGCGACGCAACAAGAGAGCGUCGCCACCCACCAAAAAGACGCCGCCGCCCUCCAUAUCUGCCUCCACCAUGCCCAAGGCUCUCCCCAUCUCCUCGACGCAGGAAGGCAGCGACCAGGCCAGCAGCAAGAGCACCACCAACACCAUGUACGCACCGUCCUCCUACAACGACACGGUGGUGGGCGAGACGCUGUCUUCCAUCUCCGAGAAGAGUCGUGAGUCGUACACGCAGGAGGACUCCGUGGUGGACUACGAGGAGCAGACCCACAAACACGCGGCGUCCACCUACCUCAUAGACCAGAUCGAGCCACCGCCAGAAUACGCCUCCCAAACCCCCUCCCAGCCCUCCAGCGCCGCCUACGAUCCGCAGGAGGAUGACUACGCGGAGGUGUUGCGACGGAACGCUUACAACCACCAGUUAGGAAAAGUGACACCCAGGCCGCCCUCCCGCGCCACUCAUUACAGCACCUCACCUGAAACCCGGGGGUACCUCAGCUUCUCCUACACGCCUUCCCCUACAGGUGUGCCCAACGGUGCAGCCCAGUACCACGCCGGGGGCCCCUCCGUCACCCUGGGGCUGCACGACCACGGCCACGGCUAUCCGGCGGACAUGGGAAGUAUAAGCGUGGAAGGGAUAGAGCACUCCCACGCCCUUCAGUCUUUAGGGUUAGACUCUGACCCUCCCCCCUCGCUUGGCCUGGAGCAGCACUCUAUUCCCUCGGAGCACCCGAGCCUCACUCUAGAUCCGCACUCCAUCACAAUAGACCAUCCCGUCAUCGCUGUCACGGACUUCUCGAACAGAAAUGGUGACCUCAGAGUGCAGCCGACGAGCCUCUCCACCUUCAACCCCAACCCUUCCCCCUCCACAUACAGUGAGUCGGAUCUCGAGGGUCACCUGGUAUGACUGUAAGCAUACCCGUGACUCGCGGGAUGGGCAGCGACUUUGUGAAACUUACGCUUCUCAGAAAGGAGGGUCUUGCCUUACCCGUUGGGCGGAGGCGGAUCGAGGACACACACACACAAAUCCAUAAAAAAAAAAUCCAUAAAAGUCAUGCAUCAGACGGCUGGGCUACCGCUUCCUGGCGAAGCUGAGCUCGGCCGCGUUUGUUGGAGAGAAAUCAGUCAUUCGCUACAUCAGGGAGAGUAUAUACGACUGUUUGCUGACUUGCUUGAAUAACCAAAGAUUACCCCAGACAUAUAUAAUAUUACUUUAAAAAUGCAUUUAAAAAAAUAUUGUAUAGUAAUAUGGGAAAUAAGGAAAUUAACGGCUUUAACUUGCAUUGUGGCAUAAUUUAUACGUAGUAUGAUGUGUCACGGUAUUUAUAUGCGACGCGCAUUGAGAACCAAGGAAAUGAUUAGGACAGGCGCAAUGACCUACUCAGGCGCACACAGCUCCUAACACUUCCCACGGUGCAGAGGCUUCAUCGGUGUUGUAGGUGUCAAGAUGUCCCACGUCCACCUUAGGCUGCAGAACAACACGGAAUGUGACCAGCGUCCAACAUGCACAGGAAGCACGGACGGCAGGGGCGGAGUGGGCGGCCGCGGUAGCAGGGUGUCUGGCCCCCUCCCGCCAGCCGCCCGGCCCCGCCACACCACAACACUGCCCACAGGACAGUCGGCACAAGUAGUUUUGGAGUUUGUUCAGCUGCACGCCACGCACAUGUCAAGGAAGAAAUCUAAAGUUAGUAGGCCUCACAUGGAAGGAUCAGUGAUUAUAUAUAUAUAUAUAUAUAUAUA